AUGGGUCGCCGAUCAAUAAAUACCACUAAAAGUGGUAAAUAUAUGAACCCUACGGAUCAAGCCAGGAAAGAGGCAAGAAAAAAGGAAUUGAAAAAAAAUAAACGGCAAAGACAGAUGGUGCGUGCCGCUGUACUGAAAAUGAAAGAUCCAACACAAAUCUUGGAAGAGCUGCAGAAAAUAGAUGAAAUGGAAUACAAUGUACUACAACCAUCCCCUUUAAACGAAAAGGUUUUAAGAGAAAAGAGGAAAAAAUUGAGAGAGACAUAUGACAGAGUCCUCAAGAUGUAUGACAAAGAUGAUCCAGAAAAAUGGGUGGAAUUGAAACGUCAGGAAAUGGAAUAUGAGAAAGGGAGGACACAUUUAAUAUCUUUUUAUGAAUCUGUGAAGCAUGCCCAAUCUGUGCAAGUUGACGAUAUUCCUUUGCCUACAUUACAAAUACCAGAGAAUUUAAUAUACAGCAGUGUACCUUCACAAAUACCCUUACCCUUGGACUCGGCGCACCCUAAUGUACCCCCGCCAACUGCAGUCAAGCCUAUAUUGAAAAAGGAUUCAGCUUAUAAAGAGAAACCAUCUGGUGCUGAACCUCCAGGCGUCCCACCGGGACCACCUGUGAACUAUCAGUUGUUGUUAGCUCAGGAACCCACUAAUGAUCAUCAUAAAGAAAAGAAGAGCCUCAGGUUUUCUGACAUGCCAGAUGAAGGGCCGCCAGGAGAUUACGAAAUACCGCCUAUUCAAAUAAAACCUCCACCUCCAGUGCUCCCUUCAGUGCACCCUUCAGUACUCCCUCAAGUACAUCCACCAGUACACCCACCAGUGCACCCGCCUGUACCAGAGAACAUUGACGGUGAAGUCGUGGAAGAACCAGAGAGUUCUGGAGUACAUAACAACGGUACAACCAACGGUGCUCAUUCUGCGACUCCAGCUACAGCUCCCAAACCUACGUCGUUACAGCAGCGUAUGUUGGCAUUAUCCGGUCAGAAUAUCGACGACUUCAUGAAGGAGAUGGAAGAGGUGCACAGAAAGAGAGAAAGAGAUAGAGCUGCGGAUUUGAAUGCGAGGUUGAGUGCGCUGAAGCGUACGGGCGGAGCGCGCGACAGCGACUCGGACAGCGACUCGGAGGCGCACCACGCGCACUCCGCGCACGGACACGCCGACUUCGGCCUCGAGCCGCCCGGCGCAGAGAUCAGGCAAAUGCCGCCGCCCUUACUGCCUCCAGGUCUUCGUCCACCUCCACUACGAGCGCCGAUAGCUCCGCCGAUGCGGCUAGUACCUCCAGGACCUCCAGGACCCCCAGGCCCGCCCCCAGGCCACCCUGGGCCCCCACCAGGACCGCCGGGACCUCCUCUGGGUCCCCCAGGCCUCGCAGCCGCUCGUGCUAUGGUGAGACCUCCUGGCCCUCCUCCAGGAGCGCCUCCCCGACUGUUAAGACCGAUAGUACCUCCGCCGCCGCCUAAACCAAUCCAACCUCAAGUAUCUGUGCUGACGGCAGCUCCUCAGCUCAUAACCAAGAAGGAUGCUCCUCAAGGUGCAACUAUAAGUGCCAAGCCACAAAUACGGAAUCUCUCCGCGGACGUCACAAGAUUCGUGCCAUCAGCGUUGCGAGUCAAAAGAGAAGACAAAAAGUCUAAACCGGGAAUCAAAACUGGGACUAUACAAAGGCCGGCUGAUGUUCCUAAACAAACACCCAGCAAGGACGACGCUUAUAUGCAGUUUAUGAAAGAAAUGGAAGGACUGUUAUAG